AUGAGGGAUUAUCCAUCGGUGCCCAAUGUGUUUCGCGUGGCCUCCACGCACAGCAUCAACAGUGAGAAUCCCUACAACAACAUCCGGCCAGCAAAUGCCAACAGCAACACCAUCGAACGCCAGCCGAUGGCCAUUCACCAGUUGACCACCAGUGCAUCCAUCGAGCACAGUCAUCCAUCGCAGCAGCAACAGCAGAAACAGCAACUGCAGCAGCCGCAGCAGCAACAGUUGCUGCACCAUCAACAGCAACAACACCAGCAACACUCACCGUAUGCAACAUUGCCCCGAGGCCAGCGAUUUGCAACGCAGCAACAUCAGCAAGCUGGUUUGAUCAACACUAUCUCUGGCAGCAUUCCAGCGACGGGAUUUGAUUCCCUGGCUGGCAGCUUCAGUGAUCUCCAGCUGAACAACAUAAGCAACAUUAGCAAUCACGUCAGCAACAGCAUCAGCAGGAGCAACAACAACAGCAGGCGACAACAACAGCAACAGCAACAUCAACAACAGCAACAACAGCAGCAACAGCAACACCAAAAUCAACAGCAGCGACAGGUGGCCUUUUCAAGUCGCCACCAGUCGGUUAGAGAGGUGCAACUGCAACAGACGAAGCAGCAACAUGUCCAGCGACGGCAGCAGCAUCGCCUGGCCAGUGGUGUUGCAGGUGCUCCGGAUCCACAGGGUGGCAUCACCGAUAUAACCAGUGUCCACGGAGGUUACCUGUGGCUCCUCACACCUGUUGCAGCAAGCAUAUCGGUUGCCAUUGUCAUCGCCGCUUUGGCAGGACCCCAGUGGCUCUUUACGGAGGAGAAGCUGCCCAAUGCCAACUACAAUGGAACGGCCAACUUCAAUGCCCUGGACGAUGGCGCCUACAUCACCAAGUACACAAAGUCCAGUCUCUGGAUAUUGUGCACCACGCUGCCAGGCCUGGAUGUUGACUCGUACAACUGCGUUAAGAUUGACUAUUUUCCCAAGGAGGGAUACCAACCGGAUCCGCACGACUCGACAGCUGCGAUACCCUAUACGGUCACAAAGUCUUGCCCAAUUUUCCUGGCUGCCGGUAUCUUUUUGGUGAUCAGCUUUAUAGUUUUCCUCAUCCCGACGUGCUCGCACCAGAACAAUCUGUAUUAUUUCAGCGCCGGAAUUCUCUUUAUUGUUAGCGGUCUGGUGAUGCUGAUUGGCCUGAUUGCCUAUAUAUCUAUACUAAAGGCCGAAAUCGGCUCGAAGUUGAGACCCCGCUCCACUUUGCAGCCUGCUCUCAUCAAGGUUUCCUAUGGCCAAAGUUUCUUUCUCUUUGUCUUUGGAUUUAUUGUCACGGAAUUCGUUGGUGUCCUGAACAUAUUUCUAUUCAUCAACUUGCAGGAGAUUAGCUACUACAGUCGCCUGCCCUGCUUCAGUGUGGCGAACAUCCAUGCCAAGUUCAAGGAGGGCCAGCGCCCGCUGAGCGAUUCCUACAAGCGCUACAAGCAGCCCGGCACCACCAACAGCACCACCACCACCACCAGCACCACCGCCGCCAGCCAGGAAGGACUCGGUGGUGCGGGUCAGGGACAGGGACAGGGACGGGGUCACCACCAGCCGCAGUCGGGGGUCCAGCCCACCCACGGAAUCCUCAGGACCGCCAACUCGCGACUCCAUCAGGUCCACGAUGCGGGUCGUGGACUCCAUGGCAAUCCCGGUCUAAUGGGUCAUCCCGGCCAGACUCAGACCCUUCCAGGAGCCUGUCGCAAGCAUCCCAAUGCCGGCUCGAACUUGAAUCUCUAUCUGCACAACGAUCUGGAAACGCGCUUUUACUUCGAGAAGCCGGCGGUGUCGAAAUGCAAUCUUCACUCGCGCAGUUUCGCCAAGUCGCUGAAUGAGCUCUGUCCAGAGGCAACGGUUGCGUCCGCUCCUGUUCCCGUUCCCGUUCCCUGUCCUGUUCCCCUUUCCCUACCCGCUCCUGCCCCCUUGCCCGCUCUUCCCUUGGAACCCGACCCCCUGCCGGCUCCCCCGCUCUUCGCCGACUUGCCACAGGAGUUUCCGCUCACCCGAUCCGUGUCCACGGCCACCGAUAUAUAUCCGGCCUCCGGCCAAAUGAAGCGCAAACAGCAGCGGAACAUGGCCACCAAUACGAACACGAAGAUGUCCAACAAUCCGCAGUCCCACUCCCAGCUGGAGGAGCAGUCGCGACUCUGUGGCCUGAAGAGGGGCCUAAGGAAGACCAAGGAUGAGCUCUUCCAGGAGUUCUGCCGACGGGCCGGGAUGCGCAGUAAGCCCAAGAACAUCUACUACAUCAGUGGCGGCGAGGAUGAGGAGGCGGACGAGGAGGAGGAGCAGCCGGAGGAUCAGGGAAAGCGGGAGGAGCCCCCGGAGAUUCCCAAUCGCGAUGAUGACGACGACGCCGACGGGGAUGAUCACGGUUUCAGGCACUUCCGCAUGGAGGAGGACCACCUCUACGUGGUGGGAGACCACGCCCAGUUGGUGGUGCCGCGGCGGUCGUCCAUGUGCGUGGACUCCUUGGGCCAGCCGCUGCGCAGGCUCAACUCGAACCUGUCGCUGCACACGGACACCAAUGGGGGCUUCCCCGGAGUGGGCGGCUAUCCGGGGAUGCGGAUGCCCCUGCCACUCGCCGCCGAUCUCGGCCAGAGUCGCACCCUGCCGCGCUGCUUCCUGCGGCAGUCGUCCGACUCGCUGGCCUCCCAGGGCUAUCCAUUGGGUGCCAGCCAGCAGAGGUUCUCCCAGUUGAUGCUCAACCAACAGCAGCAGCCGCAGCCGCAGCCGCAUAAUCGCUUCGUCUCCUCCACGCUGACCUUGCCACUGGUGGCAUCGGCUACCAAGCCAAACCAGGCCCAGGUGCAGUGGCCCCCGGCGAUUCCCUCUUCCCCAUCGAACUACUCGAAUGGCUACCAGCAGCAUCCGCAGCCCAUUUAUCCCGCCCCGGGGAGCCAAACUGCCACUGUCCCUGCAACUGGGGGAACCGGAGGAGUGCCGGUCUCGAUUUCCGGUCCGCCGAAGUUCCAGCGCGGCUAUGCCUUCGACGAUCAGCAGCGGAGAUCCAGCUUCGUGAGCGACGCCUUCGAUCUGGACGAGAUUGAGAGGGAGCGCCGGCGAUCCCACGCCAGCCUCUUUGGGUUGGGUGCUCCGGGAUCCAGGGAUCCCUACGAUCUCAUCAAUGGCACCGCCGUCUAAGUCAUUAUCUCAUCAAUCGGCCAAUGAAAC